GUUAUGCAAUGAUUGCAAUCAAUUGCAAAAAAGUUUUAACUAAAUAUUGAUUUAAUUAAAUAGUUUUGAUGUGUUAUUACUAAUUGAUGUAAUGGUUAGACAAUGUCUGCAAUGAAGUAUAUAUGUGUUUGUCUAUCAGUGUUUCGUUUGUGUGAGUUAUGGAUGAGUUGGUCAUACCUACAACCCGACCAAUUCUUUCAGUCAACCGAACCCAUCGCUGGCCACGUGUUUGACACCAAAGUAUUGAUGGUCUGGGAGUUCAACACUUCGUUUCCGUUGAGAAAUAUCUUUUUUCCUCAACUGAUCUCAAGACCCGUCUUUACAUUACUUAAAUGGCUUGAAGUUAAUGACAAUCCAUUUGUGGUGUUUCUUUGUCCACGAAUUGUCAUCACUUUAUUGUCAUUCAUUUGCGAUUACAGUUUAUACACAAUGAGUCGAUACAGUCAAAGAAGUACAUCACAAGUGAUACCAUCGCUGGUCAUAUUUGGUUCAUCUUAUAUCACAUUAACUUAUUUGACACAAACUUUUAGCAAUACUAUUGAAACUAUUUUACUAUCAAUUGUUUUAAUGUAUGUCUUCAAGUCAAUGGCAACUAAUAAUUACAAGACAUAUAACACAACAAUUUUGGGAACAGUAUUAUCAUUUGGACUCUUCAAUAGACCGACAUUUGUUUUGUUUGCAUUUCCCUCUGUUUUCUUUUGGGCCAAAUAUGAUGGCAACACAUCUCGUAAGACUAAACGGUCAAAAAGUUGGUCACAAUUUGUCGUUACAAUAAUAACCCGCGGCUUAUCAUUAAUACCAUCGUUUGGUAUUACAUGCUUAGCAUUGAUAAUAUUUGAUACUCAAUACUAUACUAAUAACAAUAUCUUUGAUUUAUAUGAAGAUGUGAUUAAUUUGAGAUUUGAAGAACUAGUCAAUAGUUUAGUGAUAACUCCCUUAAAUUUUAUUAUUUAUAACACAAAGACAUCCAAUUUGGCUAACCAUGGAUUACAUCCGCAAUACUUUCAUGCUUUAGUCAGUGUUCCCCUGACUUUCUCAAUAUUAGGACUGUUAGCAUAUUAUGAUAUUUUUGACAAACUCAAGAAGUUAUCAUUUGGUCGCACAUCAAACAAAUGCAACUUUGAAUUGAUAGCUUUGUUAACAUUUAUUAUACCAUUGAUAGGAUUUUCACUGAUCCCACAUCAAGAACCCAGAUUUCUAAUCCCAAGUUUGGUUCCUCUUUGUUAUCUCUAUGGAAAGCCAGCGAUUAAUAGCAAAUUAUUAUUUAUUUUAUGGAUUAUUAUUAACACAAUUCUUGUCAUUUUCUAUGCAUUUAUACACCAAUCGGGUGUAAUUAAAGGACUUUUUGAUUUAAAUGAUAUAAUCAAACAAAACAGUGAUAAACGCAUUGAUAUAGUAUUUUCUCGCACUUACUUACCUCCUCGUCAUUUGCUUAAUAUAGAUAACAAGUGGUCAGACAUACAGAUUCACGAUCUAUCGGUUCUGAAUUUUCCUCAACCAUUGAAUUCGCAAAUAAGAGAACUGAGAGAUCAAAACGCAACAGAUUUUUAUCUCUUAAUUCCGAGUUGUCUUUCGGAACAAUUGAUAGAUUUAUUUACAAAACAUGGAUUAAAUUAUAAAUUAUUAAAACAGUAUUUCCCGCACUUCACAGCUGAAGACAUCGGAAGUUCAUUAAAUAUAUUAAAGACUAGUUUAUAUAAUUAUAGAGAAGCUUUCAGUUUAAACCUUUGGAAUGUCUCAAUCAACUGA